GGCUAGCUCAGGGCUGCUGCGACGUACGGGGCCCAGGCCAAGCAUCAAACAAAACACUGCUUGAGAGUGCUAGGCAUUUCUGCAGAAAAUUUAUAAGGCCUUGACAGCAAGUAAUCUUGCACUUUCUUCCGCAGAUGGCGGGGCUAGCGCAGUGCACGCAAGCCUCGAAAGUGCUGUUGUCUUUCCAAACAAGCUUGGCGUCUGAAAUGAGGGCAGAAUCAUUCUCCUGCAAAAGAUGGGCCCUGAGUGUUAGAAGCUUUGCGGAGCCCCCUCGAUUAAGAAGGAAAGCAGUCAAGUUUAACAGGCCCUUCACGGGGAAAAAGUCAGGGGCCGCAAAUGGCGUGCUCCGAGCACGGGACAGGGAUGGUGAAGGCUCAACUGCCGCGGACAGCUCAAACAAUUUGGACAUGGAGCAGGAGCUGAUGCAGCAAACAAAGCUCUUAGAAGCAAAGGAGAAGCGGCAGGAUGAUCUUCGACGAGAGGAACUAAAAGCCCGGGAGGCUGAGCUUUUUGGGGAACCGGACGGGACAGCGGGGAACUUUGAGGAACAACCAGAGUGGUUGAAAAAGUUGAUUACCUGGGGAGAGUGGCUUAUCGUGAACACAGAAGGGAAUGAGAAGCUCCAAAAAGGAUUCGACAAGGCACUCAUCAUUUUCUUUGUGUUCUGGGCAAUUGCCGUUGGUAUCACUGGAGGGUUCAUCAAGGUACCCUUCUACAAUUUUGACGAGUCAAUUGGUACUUAAGUUCUGGAAAUAUGUUCUCAAAUUGCUGUUGGAACCUGAUAGAAUAAAAGGUAUCGCUUUGUGCC